CUUCGGUUGCAGAACCAGCUCAUGCAGUGAAGCGAGCUAGGACUCGGUCUCUGGAGAACUUAGGGCGCCUCCUCAGAAGUGUCCACUACGGUGUGAAGCUAGUGGCAGCAACCACUUGGGUGCUGGUGCCAUCUUUCCUUCUUUGAGGCAACAAUACAAUGGCGCCCUUCGAGGAUGACGCAAGAAAAAAUCUUCUAGGUGCAGAAGCGGACAUUCCAGCUGGUUUUGACAAUCUGGAGUAUCAAAGUGGCUUUAGCAACCACUUCGAGUCGGAGGCACUGCCAGGGGCCUUGCCUAAAGUGCGGAACAACCCAAAAGUCUGUCCGUAUGGAUUGUACGCAGAACAGUUGACGGGUACCGCGUUCACCGUCCCCCGUUCACACAACCAGCGAAGUUGGCUGUAUCGGAUCAAACCCUCCGUCACACAUGAGCCUUUCACACCUCUGGAGGUUCCGAAUACUUCCCUGACAAGCGACUUCUCGGAGAAGAAUGCAACCAUCACGCCCAAUCAACUCCGGUGGAUGCCGCCCGAUAUUCCUGCAGAACCAACCGACUUUGUUGAGGGCCUGUUCACCAUGUGCGGUGCAGGCAGUCCAGAAUCACGAACGGGCUAUGCCGUGCACAUGUUCGUAGCCAACACAUCCAUGGACGGGAAGGCCUUCGCCAAUGCUGAUGGAGACUUUCUGAUUGUUCCUCAGCAAGGACGAUUACACGUCAGCACCGAGUUUGGUCUUCUUCAAGUUGCCCCAGGCGAGAUUGUCGUGAUCCAGCAUGGCAUGCGCUUCUCUGUCGGGCUGCCUGAUGGCCCGUCCAGGGGCUACGUGUGCGAGGUCUUUGGGGAUCACUUCAGGCUACCAGAUCUGGGACCCAUUGGCGCCAAUGGGCUGGCCAACCCCCGGGACUUCCAGACUCCCGUGGCCUGGUUCGAUGACUCGGAGCACGCGGGCUAUGUGGUGGUGCACAAGUUCGAGGGGCUGCUCUUUCAAGCCAAGCAGGACUUCUCGCCCUUCAACGUCGUCGCCUGGCAUGGCAACUACGCGCCCUACAAGUACAACCUGGCGAAGUUCUGCCCCGUCAAUGCGGUCGCCUUUGACCACAUGGAUCCCUCCAUCUUCACAGUGCUGACCUGUCCGACCACCAAGCCUGGCACAGCGGCUGUCGACUUUGUGGUCUUCCCCCCCCGCUGGUCGGUGGCUGAGAACACGUUCCGUCCUCCGUACUUCCAUCGAAACUGCAUGAACGAGUUCAUGGGGCUGGUCCGGGGCCGGUAUGAGGCCAAAGCUGCUGGCUUCGUUCCUGGCGGGGGAAGUCUCCACGUUUGCAUGACACCUCACGGCCCAGAUACGUCCACGUACGAGAAGGCGGUGGCUGACGAAGGGCCAAAUCAGCCGGAAAAGCUGCCAGACGAUACUCUUGCCUUCAUGUUCGAGUCGUCGUUCACGCCCCGCAUUACUUGGACCGCUCUCAAAUCGCCAAAGCUCGAUCACGACUAUUACAAGUGUUGGCUUGGGUUACGGAGUCACUUUGAUCGAAGCAAGCCGGAGGGCUCAAAGUGGUAUCAAUGAUUGAGUCGAAUAUUGUGCGACUGUGAUCUUGUGCGGAUAGGGCUGAGUCGGUUGCCGGACAGCGUUGUAAAUAUAUAGACGUAACAGCUGUAAAUAGCAGGCUUCGCUAUGAAGCGACCCUUCAACCAAGCUUAGUUCGUUGUGUAGGAGGUGCGGGGGCAGGCACGGACCUUAUGGAGCCAGCGUGCCUCUGUCGAGUUGGCUUGUGAGGAGAGGAGCGCCUCAACCGUACGAAUGUUUGAUUUGUUAUCUAGCUUCCAAACAAAGGAUUGUUCCCGUACAUACCAAGCCUGGAACCUUGGAAGCGUGUCACGUUGGGAUAAAACGUGCUCAGCUUAUAUACUUUGAACUCGCAAGGUCCGAGUGAUUCCCAUCUGAUUGGUUGCAUGCCGGUUGCUCAGCCCAAUGCUUAAAGAUAUGUCCACGCCGUGCACAAC